GCCAGUCUGAUUAUGCAGAAAACUUCCGUCUUUGAAUGAGAAGAGAAAACACACGACUAGCUAGCUAAUGCUAGCCACGGCAAAUGAGCCUACUUCGGUCUAAAUAAGCAAUCUGCCACGGUGUAAACAGGUAUGUAGCUAAAGGCAACGUUACUAUUUCACCAACUAACGUUAGCAAAUAGUUGUUGUUUAGCUAGCUAGCUAAAAUAGCGAGCUAAGUUAGUUAACGUUACCUGUUUAGGUAGCUAGCUAGUAAUUUAGCGCAUUCACUCACAUAGCUAGCUACCUAACGUUACCUGGACGAUGAUUCCUACAAAUUGCCUGCUAUGGUAGCUAACUACUAUUGAGAAAUUCCCCUCACUGUUAUUGGAGGAUAUCUAGCUAGCUGGUGACCAUAGAUAGGUGUGUGUCGGUGGAUUAGGACAAUGAAAUUAUUAACUACAAGCAACGAAACUGUAGCUAUUACAUAGCUAAACUAACGUUAACUAGUUAAUCUUAGUUGUGUAAUUGAAGUUAUCCCACGGUUCUGGCACUGCCAGUGUCAGGUGAUACCCAGCUUGCUAAAAUAGCUAGCUAACAAUCGACGAAACUUGUUUACAUAGCUAAGCGCUAGUUGGCUAAUUAGCCUUGGUUCAGCUAGCUAACUGGUUGGCUAUCUCGACAACGCUACCGAUUCCGUCAAUGUCGCAAGGUAGCUGUUAGCUAGCUUGGCUAGCCAGUCUCAGUCUGUCAAGACGGGACACACUCUUUUCACGCCACUUCUAUACAAUGUGAUUUUCGUAACAGGUUAGGAGAGCAUUUUCCUAACCUUAACCUGCUACGAAAAAGUCACCUCGGUAUCGAAAUGGCGUGAACUUCGUUAGCCCUGUCAAGACAGUCACGCCGAUUCUGUUGCAAAACGUUUCUUCAACGGAGCCGAACGAAACGAGUAGGGACCUUAUGUUACCUGAAUUUGUCCCAUAGAAACUCUCGUGUUUGGAAUAAUAAUUACACCUCAAUUUUCAUCAAACGAUGGCAUCAUUAUAAUGAAAUGUAAUUAGCUAAUAUGUGGCAGUAUAACGUUACUCGAGUCAAGACACUAACCAGGCAGGUAGCUAGCUGUAUGGGGUAGCUACAGUACAAGAGGUGGUACUGGUGGAUGGGAAUUAUGGAGAGAGACAUCUGUUGUUAUGUUGUAGCUGCUGUACAUUUCUCCAUAGCAGUUGACUUAUCUGAUCAGUCAGCCGUCCAUGCGCCUUACUUUAUGUGACAAACGACUAUGUGGACAUACAAUUAGGUAUAAAGGCCAGUAAUAAACCUAUUAAUUUUACAAUGUGAUAAUGCAUGACUGGCUGAAAUAACGUCUUAAUGGACUUAGAUGUAUAGCUUGGUCUUUGUACCAUGACAGACAGACAACUGAGACAGUCGUUCUUAAAAGUGAUGUCAUGUUCUUAAGGCCCAGUAGCCCUUCUAAUCAGCGUAUAUCCUUCAGUAAAGUUGGCCAGAUAAUAGGCAAUGGAGAGAAGCAUAGCGUCAGGUAAGAAAGAAGGUGUCCAAUACGUUUCCUUUCCUCAGCUAUUGUCCCCCACUCUUCACUGAUGGGCGGAAUGCGUCUAGUCUCACUAUGGUGCCUUAAGGCUUCUAUCAAGUUCUUUCAAAUCAGUGACCAUGAAGUGAUUUAGUUAAGAAAUGGAAGCUUGUUGUGAGCUUAUUGGGAAAUGGCCUAAGGCAGGGAUGUCAAACUCAUUCCACGGAGAGCCUAGUAUCUGCAGGUUUUGGGAUUUUCCUUUCAGUUAACACCUAGGCAACCAGGUGAGGGGAGUUCUUUACUAAUUAGUGACCUUAUUUCAUCAAUCAAGUACAAGGGAGGAGUGAAAAUCUGCAGACACUCGACCCUCUGUGGAAUGAGUUUGACACAUGUGGCCUAAGGAGUCUCAGCAGUGCUCUAGGGAAAAGUUGUCCCUGUGUUCUGCUCCAGGAUCAGUUUUUCCUUCCUCCAUCCUGGUCUGAAAUGAAUAAAUAGGGAUGAAGCUGACCUGGGAGCAGUGCUCAGAGCAGCUUCUAGCUAUGAUUUUAUUAGCACCCUUUAAAGAUACUGCCUGCCUGGCCAGAAAUAGAAAUGUCACCUUUCGUCAGGUGGGGCUGAGUCAUGGAAACGCAAUGACAUAAGGAAAGAAACCGUCACUGUUGGGCUACUCAGACAGUCAGUCAGUAUCUGCAGAACAAGGGCAGCAUUGACACUCCCUCUCUGGCCUGUAACUGCAUCCAGUUACACAACGUGAGGUGCUGUCUGGUAAUGGCCCAGGGUGACGUCAUACACUAGAUAAUGCUGCUGAAUGUUUCAGUCAGAGUAGGAGGAAAGAGAACCGUAGCAUGCCUUCCUGGAAGCACAGGUGUACACAGGCAGGGCAGGUGUAUGGUAGAGAUUAGGGUCUGUCUCUCCACACCCACCGCCCGGCCCCACGUUUGACUUUGAACCAGAGCCAGAUGGAAUGUUUACCUGGUUAUAUAAUGUCAUCGCCCUCCAAGGCUAGAUGUUGUUUGUUGACAAUACUAGGACAGAAAAACAAGGCCUAAAUUUAGACCUCAACCAGAAGCAAUGAAAGUAGCCUAAAUGAGGUAUUUUAGUGAUAAAGUAGGCCUUGGAACAUUGGAUUGUCUUUUCUGUCCUUUACCUCCCAUUCUAUCCCACAUACCCUUUCUUCCCCCCGCUUCUCUCCUCAGGUCCUGCCCCCCAGCCUUCUCUUCUCUGAGUGUAGUAGUGAGUGAAUGAGGCGAGCCCUGCCCCUGUAGCAGCCUUCACUCCACACAAUCAUACAGAAACAGACACACACACACACAUACAGAAACGUUGGCCUCUGGACGAGGAUGACAAUGGAAGAGAUGAAGAAUGAAGCAGAGACUACCUCAAUGGUUUCCAUGACACUCUACACUGUGAUGUACCCCGUCUUCCACGAGGUAAGGAGGAAAGGAUUUGGUAAAGACGGUAUGUAGUGUUUCUUGAAUGGGGCGUGUGUGUGCUAUGGUCUUUAAGGUUAUAUCCAGCCACAGCAGAAAUAACACAGAUUUAAUUACCCUUAGAGACGAGAGAGAGUGUGGUUGGAAUGGAGAAAUAGGGACAGGGCUCUAUAACAUCUGUGUUGUGGACGGAAUCACGGAAUCCAGACAUUAAAACAGAAUUCAGCAAUAUUCAAAAAUGUAUUGAUGAACUAAAUGUAUUGAAUUUAUUUGAAAGAUUAUCAUCAGGGAUUCGUACUUUCCUUCAACUUGCUGAAGAGGCAACAGCACAGGAAGGCCUGUGUCUGCGCUUUGUGUCUACCACUUUGUGUAGCCGUUAUCGAUGAUGCUAAUGUAAUGACAACCGUUUUGUUGUGGACGUAGGACAUCCAAUUGUGUUUAUUUUCUAUUAAAACAGUGUGCUUUUGAGAGUGGAAAACUGGAAAAACAAAGAGGAGAAACUGGAAUUUGGGGAAAAAACAGAAUCCGGCGAAAAAAUGAAUCUGAUUUUCUAGGGCCCUAUAGGUGGAAGUUGUCAGGCAGAAAAAAGAGAGUGAAUGAAGAGAGGGGUAGUCACAGACCUUAGCGAGAGCAGCGGGAAGAGAGGGGUAGUCACAGACCUUAGCGAGGCAGCGGGAAGAGAGGGGUAGUCACAGACCUCAGCGAGAGCAGCGGGAAGAGAGGGGUAGUCACAGACCUCAGCGAGAAGAGAGGGGUAGUCACAGACCUCAGCGAGAAGAGAGGGGUAGUCACAGACCUCAGCGGGAGAAGAGAGGGUAGUCACAGACCUCAGCGAGAAGAGAGGGGUAGUCACAGACCUCAGCGAGAAGAGAGGGGUAGUCACAGACCUCAGCUGGAAGAGAGGGGUAGUCACAGACCUCAGCGGGAAGAGAGGGGUAGUCACAGACCUCAGCGAGAGCAGCGGAAAGAGAGGGGUAGUCACAGACCUCAGUGAGAGCAGCGGGAAGAGAGGGGUAGUCACAGACCUCAGCGGGAAGAGAGGGGUAGUCACAGACCUCAGCGAGAAGAGAGGGGUAGUCACAGACCUCAGCGAGAAGAGAGGGGUAGUCACAGACCUCAGCGAGAAGAGAGGGGUAGUGCAAGUUGUGGUAAAGGGGUGAGGGUGCUAGGGAAGAAUAGAAGGAAAGAGCGAGGGACGGAGGAGUGUGAUAAUUACUGUGUGUAGCACCAGUUGGCACUCUGAUGAUGCAAAGGAGUUUGAUGUUGGGGAGGCUGCUGUUUCAGCUGCACUACAGCCGUGGUCAAUAGUUUUGAGAAUGACACAAAUACUAAUUUUCACUAAGUCUGCUGCCUCAGUUUUGAUGAUGGCAAUUUGCAUAUACUCCAGAAUGUCAGGAAGAGUGAUCAGAUGAAUUGCAAUUAAUUGCAAAGUCCCUCUUUGCCAUGAAAAUGAACUUAAUCCCCCCAAAAUUCCCCAUUCCACUGCAUUUCAGCCCUGCCACAAAAGGACCAGCUGCCAUCAUGUCAGUGAUUCUCUCAUUAACACAGGUUAGUGUUGACGAGGACAAGGCUGGAGAUCACUCUGUCAUGCUGAUUGAGUUAGAAUAACAGACUGGAAGCUUUAAAAGGAGGGUGGUGCUUGAAAUCAUUGUUCUUCCUCUGUUAACCAUGGUUUCCUGCAAGGAAACAUGUGCCGUCAUCAUUGCUUUGCACAAAAAGGGCUUCACAGGCAAGGAUAUUGCUGCUAUUAAGAUUGCACCUAAAUCAACCAUUUAUCGGAUCAUCAAGAACUUCAAGGAGAGAGGUUAAAUUGUUGUGAAGAAGGCGUCAGGGCGCCCAAGAAAGUCCAGCAAGCGCCAGGACCGUCUCCUAAAGUUGAUUCAGCUGCGGGAUCGGGGCAGCAACUUCUCCCAACCAUCCAAGAACAGUAAGGCAAAAGUGAUAACUAAGUGGCUCGGGGAACAAAACAUCGUCAUUUUGGGUCCAUAGCCAGGAAACUCCCCAGACCUUAAUCCCAUUGAGAACUUGUGGUCGAUCCUCAAGAGGCGGGUGGACAAACAAAAACCCAUAAAUUCUGACAAACUCCAAGCAUUGAUUAUGCAAGAAUGGGCUGCCAUCAGUCAGGAUGUGGCCCAGAAGUUAAUUGACAGCAUGCCAGGGUGGAUUGCAGAGGUCUUGAAAAAGAAGGGUCAACACUGCAAAAAUUGACUCUUUGCAUAAACUUAAUGUAAUUGUCAAUAAAAGCCUUUGACACUUAUGGAAUGCUUGUAAUUAUACUUCAGUAUACCAUAGUAACAUCUGACAAAAAUAUCUAAAAACACUGAAGCAGCAAACUUUGUGAAGACCAAUACUUGUGUCAUUCUCAAAACGUUUAACCACGACUGUACACUGACUCCGCUAGUCCAGGUGUUAGUCGCACACACGACUACUAUCCUUGCGGGAUCAAACAAUUUAUUCUCAUUCAAGAUCCUAUUUUCCCUAACCUUAAACCUUUAAACUAACCUUAACUCGUAAAACUAACCAUAAAAUACCCCUUUUCCUUGUGGGGACCGACAAAAUGUCCCCACUUUGUCAAAAUUGUCCUGUUUUACUCUCCUUGGAAGGACUCCUGGUCCCCACAAGGAUAGUAAAACCAAUAACACACAUUCUUGUUUUGUUCAAUGCUGUUUAUGUGUACCAGUCUACUCUAGGGGUUGUUUGUCUGCAGUGUUAGCUAAUGAGAUGGUAUUCCAUGUAUGUAGCUACUAGCUAUGCUGUUUGAAGUGUUUUCAUGUUGUGGUACUUAGUUCAGCUAUGUGUUUUCCUUGUUUGUGAGAUGUGUAUAUGUUAAUGAGAAGAUGGUAUCUGUAAGAAGUGUUUUGAUGCAGUGAUAAUGUGUUUGCAGUUGGAGAGAGUGAACCUGUCGGCAGCACAGACCUUGAGGGCAGCGUUUAUAAAGGUAAGGAGAUGGAGGGACAGAGCAGCGUUUCUAAAGGUAGAGGAGAAUGGAGAGGGUCAGCGUUUAUAAGGUAAGGAGAUGGAGGGAGGCAGCGUUUAUAAAGGUAAGGAAGAUGGGAGGGGAGGGCAAAGCGUUUAUAAAGGUAAGGAGAUUGGAGGGGAGGGCAAAGCGUUUAUAAAGGUAGAGGAGAUGAGGACAGGGCAGCGUUUAUAAAGGGUAGGAGAUGGAGGGACAGAGCAGCGUUUAUAAAAGGUAAGGAGAUGGAGAGGGCAGCGUUAUAAAGGUAAGGAGAUGGAGGGGAGGGCAAAGCGGUUAUAAAGGUAAGGAUAUUGGAGGAAGGGCAGCGUUUAUAAAGGUAAGGAGAUGGAGGGAGGGCAGCGUUUAUAAAGGUAAGGAGAUGGAGGGGAGGGCAGCGUUUAUAAAGGUAAGGAGAUGGAGGGGAGGGCAGCGUUUAUAAAGGUAAGGAGAUGGAGGGGAGGGCAGCGUUUAUAAAGGUAAGGAGAUGGAGGGAGGGCAGCGUUUAUAAAGGUAAGGAGAUGGAGGGAAGGGCAGCGUUUAUAAAGGUAAGGAGAUGGAGGGACAGAGCAGCGUUUAUAAAGGUAAGGAGAUGGAGGGACAGAGCAGCGUUUAUAAAGGUAAGGAGAUGGAGGGGAGGGCAGCGUUUAUAAAGGUAAGGAGAUGGAAGGACAGGGCAGCGUUUAUAAAGGUAAGGACCCAUACACCAAAUCACUCUUCAUGGGGAGGGACAGGAGUUUGAGAGACAGAAUAGUCCUGAGGGGUAUACUAGGAUGCGGGAUAGAGGAGUUAGCGAGCUCACUUUUGUCAAUUCUGAGUUCAAUUCGAGAUAACCGUUGACACAAAGAAAGACUGCACUUCUAAUAGCCCAUUCCCACCAUAGCCUGCUGAAUUUGCAGGAUAACUGGCUUGAAUUAGCGGCAGGUGCAGGAUCAAUAGCCGCCUUCCUAUCAUGGAUAAAGCCUGAGCUGGAAUUUGAAGCUAACUGAAGCUGGUUAGCUUGAGUAGAUUUAACUAGCUUCGGAGAAUAAUACCCUUCUGAGUGGUUCCACGGUGACUGAUCUUAGAUUCACAUCUGAUUUAGUCUUUGAUUGGUAGUGUCUAACUCUGAUCAUUGGUCUGUGUUCUAUUAUCAUAGACUGAAGUGUGUGUUUUGUGGUUGAUUAGUAAUGCCUGAUGUGUGUGUCUGCAUAUGUUCUGUGGGUGAUUGUCCAGUGUUUCCCCUAUUCAUUUAGCGCUGCUGCUAAAUCAUUGCUGCUAUUCCAAAAAAGAUGUUGUUAACCCCCAGAUAUAAAGUAUGUAGAAAAUACAAUGAAGAUAUAUAUAUUUUUAUUAGAUCUUUAGGAACUAACAAACACCAAAAUAAAAUCUAGAGUCAGGGUUAAUAAACAAUUCCCCAAAUGUAAUGGCAUGGGGCCCCCAUUGAUUUAGUUUAUGUUUGGGUCACUCAGUCACAUUGCAAAAUGUGUAGCAUUACAGGAAAUGUGCUUUAAAACUCUCAUCCCCAUGACAAAUGCUAGGGGAAAAUUGUUGUCAUAGACUGUUGUGUGUACUCUGUGGUUGAUUAGCAGAGCCUGAUGUGUGUUCUGUGGUUGAUUGUCAGGCUGAGAAGGAGAACCCAGGGCUGACCCAGGACAUAAUCAUGAAGAUCCUGGAGAAGAAGAACGUGGAGGUCAACUUCACUGAGUCACUACUGCGAAUGGCUGCAGACGAUGUGGAAGGUGUGUGUCUGGGUCUGUCAAUGUCUGCUUGUGUGUCUGUUCUGCAGUGAAUAACCUAGUCCUAGAUGUUAGGUAUUGUGCAUCUGUGUACAGUACCGUCUCUCUCCACAGGAUGGUGCUGUUUCUCCACUAAUAAUACAGCCUCUCCUCGUGUGAGACAUUUCAUCCCUCCAGGCUUGAAUUUCUCUCCUGCAUGGCCUGAUUGAUAGUAGUAAUGAAUUAAUUUGCACAGAAUGAGAAGCUCAGCUAUAGUUACACACACACACACACACACACACACACAGUCACACCGGGAUGUGAGGGCCUUUGCUUCUGUUUGAAUACUAAAUAUACAGUGCCUUCAGAAAGUAUUCAUACCCAUUGACUUAUUCCACAUUUUGUUGUGUUACAGCCUGAAUUCAAAAUUGAUUAAAUAUCACCCAUCUACACACAAUACCCCAUAAUGACAAAAGUAAAAACAUUUUAAAAGAAUGUUUAGCAAAUUUAUUGAAAAUGAAAUACAGAAAUCUCAUUUACAUAAAUAUUCACACCCCUGAGUCAGUACAUGUUCGAAUAAUCUUUGGCAGUGAUUACAUCUCUGAGUCUUUCUGGGUAAGUUUCUUUGCACAGCUGGAUUGUACAAUAUUUGCACCGUAUUAUUACUUUUAAGUUCUUCCUGUAGAUUUUCCUGCAGAUUUAAGUCAAAACUGUAACUAGGCCACACAGGAACUUUCAAUGUCGUCUUGGUAAGUAACUCCAGUGUAUAUUUGGCCUUGGGUUAUUGUCUUGCUGAAAGGUGAAUUUGUCUCCCAGUGUCUGUUGCAAAGCAGACUGAACCAAGGUUUCCUUUAGGAUUUUGCCUGUGCUUAGCUCUAUUCCGUUUCUUUUUAUCACAAAAAACUCCCUAGUCCUUGCCGAUGACAAGCAUACCCAUAACAUGAUGCAGCCACCAGCCAUCGAAUACCCAUAACAUGAUGCAGCCAUCGGGUUUUCCCCGAACAUAACACCUUGUAUUCAGGACAUAAAGUCCAUUUUUUGCCGUUUUACUUUAGUGCCCGAUUGCUUUGGAAUAUUUUUUAUUCUGUACAGGCUUCCUUAUUUUCCCUCUUUCGAUUAGGUUAGUAUUGUGGAGUAACUAAAAUGUUGUUCACAGCCAUUCAACUCUGUAACUGUUUUAAAGUCACCAUUGGCCUCAUGGUGAAAUCCAUGAGAGGUUUCCUUCCUCUCUGGCAACUGAGUUAGGAAGGACGCCAGUAUCUUUGUAGUGACUGGGUGUAUUGAUACACCAUCCAAAGUGUAAUUAAUAACUUCACCAUGCUGAAAGGGAUAUUCAACGUUUUUUUUAUUUUUUAUCUACCAAUAGGUGCCCUUCUUUGCGACUGAAUCUGUGUUUGAAAUUCACUGCUCAACUGAUGGGAGCGUACAGAUAAUUGUAUGUGUGGGGUACAGAGAUGAGGUAGUCAUUCAGAAAUCAUGUUAAACACUAUUAAUGCACACAGAGUGAGUCCAAGCAAGUUAUUGUGUGACUUGUUAAGCAAAUGUUUACUCUUGAACUUAAUUAUGCUUGCCACAAGAAAGGGGUGACUCAAGACAUUUUCAGCUUUUCAUUUUUUAUUAAUUAGUAAAAUGUUUGAAAAACAUAAUUUCACUUUGACAUUAUGGGUUAUUGUGUGUAGACCAGUGACACAAAAUCUUAAAAUUCAGGCUGUAACACAAUAAAAUGUGGAAAAAGUCAAGGGGUGUGACUACUUUCAACCAGGCUACACUACACUGGUACCUUUUUCUAACUCACAGUACUGUAUGUGUGUGUGCACAGACUGCCCUGGGUGGGGCUGUUCUGGAACGCUCUCUCUCUACAAUCCACCACCUCUCCUUGUUGACCUGACUGUCUCCAUGGUGACUGAGGCUGUGGCUCUCUUCCUGUGUGUGUGUGUGUGUGUGUGUAGAGUUCAUGAUUGACAGGCCGGAGCAGGAGUUCCAGGACUUGAAUGACAAGGCCCGGGCACUCAAACACAUCCUCAGCAAGAUCCCAGAUGAGAUCAACGACAGAGUACGCUUCUUACAGACCAUCAAGUAAGUACACAUGCGCUCGCAGACCUCCCAGCACACCCUCAGUGAUGUGAUUUAACACUUCACAAGCACACAGUUCUCCAAAAAUACACUUAUUCUCUUGUUCCCAUUUUCUUUCCAAUCAACACUACGUCUCAGGUUAGUACACACACACACACACACACACACACACACACACACACACAGCCCGCACAAUUAUUCUCCCCCACACUUAUUCUUUCAGGGGUUUCUGUUUUGGCUCACUUUGCCUGGAGGGGGGGAAAGUGAGAGGAAUGAGAGCAAGUCUGAGAGUAAGAGGUUCUAGGAAGGAGGUAGGGAUGGAGGGAAGGUGAAGGAGUAAGAGAGGGGAGAUGGUUCAAGAUGUCUGACUGCUGUUGGACUAAGAAGGCGUAAGAGAGGUGAGAUGGUUCAAGAUGUCUGACUGCUGUUGUAGUCAUUGUCCACAGACAGGGCCUAAAAUGAACACCUGACAAAUGCGGGUAGAUGUCUAUUUCACCAGCCACGUUGGGGGGGGUAAGAUGUCUAUUUCACCAGCCACGUUGGGGGGUAAGAUGUCUAUUUCACCAGCCACGUUGGGGGUUAAGAUGUCUAUUUCACCAGCCACGUUGGGGGGUUAAGAUGUCUAUUUCACCAGCCACGUUGGGGGUUAAGAUGUCUAUUUCACCAGCCACGUUGGGGGGUAAGAUGUCUAUUUCACCAGCCACGUUGGGGGUUAAGAUGUCUAUUUCACCAGCCACGUUGGGGGUUAAGAUGUCUAUUUCACCAGCCACGUUGGGGGGGUAAGAUAUCUAUUUCACCAGCCACGUUGGGGGUUAAGAUGUCUAUUUCACCAGCCACGUUGGGGGUUAAGAUGUCUAUUUCACCAGCCACGUUGGGGGGUAAGAUGUCUAUUUCACCAGCCACGUUGGGGGGGGUAAGAUGUCUAUUUCACCAGCCACGUUGGGGGUUAAGAUGUCUAUUUCACCAGCCACGUUGGGGGGUAAGAUGUCUAUUUCACCAGCCACGUUGGGGGGUAAGGUGUCUAUUUCACCAGCCACGUUGGGGGGUAAGGUGUCUAUUUCACCAGCCACGUUGGGGGGGGUAAGAUAUCUAUUUCACCAGCCACGUUGGGGGUUAAGAUGUCUAUUUCACCAGCCACGUUGGGGGUUAAGAUGUCUAUUUCACCAGCCACGUUGGGGGUUAAGAUGUCUAUUUCACCAGCCACGUUGGGGGGUAAGAUGUCUAUUUCACCAGCCACGUUGGGGGUUAAGAUGUCUAUUUCACCAGCCACGUUGGGGGGGGGUAAGAUGUCUAUUUCACCAGCCACGUUGGGGGGGGGGUAAGAUGUCUAUUUCACCAGCCACGUUGGGGGGGGGGUAAGAUGUCUAUUUCACCAGCCACGUUGGGGGGGUAAGAUGUCUAUUUCACCAGCCACGUUGGGGGUUAAGAUGUCUAUUUCACCAGCCACGUUGGACUGAAGAACUAAGAAUCCUAUAUAGCCUAUCCCACCUGGCGCUGCAGCACUGCCUGACUGGGGGAUGUGCGCAUGUGAAGAGCUGAGUGAAAGAUUCAUUUUUAGAAGCGCUGCGCACAGGCAUAAAAGUUGGUCUAAUUGACUUAAAACUAAAGUCUACUGAAGUGAAACUUUGUCCUUGUGUUUCUUGGCUAUUUACAUUGUUUUGUUCACAAGCUAGCUUGUUUUUCUAUGUUUGAGUUUCAACUGCUAGGGAAGAGAAGAUAACGCCUCUACUAGUCAGACUCAAUCUCACAGGUACAAACAUGACUCGAGUCACGCUACCAUGGUAACCUCCAGCGCUUAAAGGGGCAGGUGAAAAAAAAAGACUCACUUCACAAUUUAAUAUAUAAUAUAAUAAUAAUAAUAUGCCAUUUAGCAGACGCUUUUAUCCAAAGCGACUUACAGUCAUGCGUGCAUACAUUUUUUUUUUGUGUGUGGGUGGUCCCGGGGAUCGAACCCACUACCUUGGCGUUACAAGCGCCAUGCUCUACCAGCUGAGCUACAGAGGACCAUGAAUAUACCACAUGACUUCUUACUAGAAACAUUACAAAGCAUGCUCAUACGGUUUUUGUGUUUUGUUGGUGUAAUUUUAGCAGGGGGAAAAAAUAUUUUCACUGGUAAAAAAUCUGAGUGGCUGGUAGAUUUUAAAAUCUACCUGCCACAUUGGCUGAUGGACCAAAAAUAUAAUUUUCUGCUCUGUCCACAGAGAUAUCGCCAGCGCCAUAAAGGAACUCCUGGACACGGUCAACACUGUCUUCCGAAAAUACCAGUACCAGAACCGACGGGUGAGAACACACACACACAGGCCAAUUAAGACAAAUGUAUUUUCUUUCUCCCUCAGCUAUCAGCAGAGUUUGAGAUGUACUUGUGUUUUUUCCUCUGUUAUCUUCUUAAAGCGUAAAAAGCGUCUGUUGUUUUCCCAGGCACUGGAACACCAAAAGAAAGAGUUUGUGAAAUACUCCAAGAGCUUCAGCGACACACUUAAAACAUACUUCAAAGAUGGAAAGUAAGGAAACCUCAUCACGUCCUCCUUCAUGUUCUACCCUGCUUUUCUCUUCCAUGGCCUGUACAAUGUAUCACCCAUACUGGUUUACAUCUGGUUUACAUCUGGUUUACAUCUGGUUUACAUCUGAAUCAUGUAGAGCAGUGUUUUCCCAACUCCACUACCCUCAACAGCCCAACUCCAGUCCUCCAGUACCUCUCAGCAGCCCAACUCCAGUCCUCCAGUACCCUCAACAGUACACAUUUUUGUUGUAGCCCUGGACAAAAUCGCCUGAUUCAACUCAUCGAGAGCUUGAUGAUUAGUUGGCAAGUUAAAUCAGGUGUGCUUGUCCGGGGCAAGUGUACUGCGGGCCCGGCGUACGAGGGUGCAAAAGGGGGCUUAGCCCUCUCAGUUUUAGUUUUAUGUCCCUAUAUAAAAAUAGCAAUACAUUUCAAAUGAUUUAGUGACAGGUUGGUGCAAAUCUGUAUCUGCGCUAUGUCAGCACUAUGGACAGAGCACGCCGAGGAGUGUUUGUGUGUAGGGAGGGCCAUGGAAAGCCAUUGGGUGGUUAGGUAUGACUCCUUUUGGGUUUCCAUAAAAAGCGGGGUAAAACGCUGCUCAUCUUUGAUAGGCUAAGUGAAUAACGAGAUCCGCCUCCUCCUGUAAUAUUAGAUUUAUAAGGGCGGGGUCAAGUUUACAGUUGAAGCUGCUUCACUCAACUCUGCCUCACGCCCCACCACUACAGAGUUUAGUUAGUUUCUUAGCUAGCUGUAAAAGGCUUCAGUGUUAUUAGCCUAUUUAACGCUAACCAGCUAAUCUGCCACGGCUAUAAUGGAUAUCAGAAAUCAAACCACCGAGGCUGCCACCAAGCCCAGCAGCGAUGAUGCUGCUGAUCUCUGCCUGAAGAGCCCCAUCCCCCUUUCCACAAGUGCCGCCAGGAUAAUUGCUCCACAAGCCCCCUCCACCUUGACUGUUCCUGAAAAUCUUGGAACAGAGGAGUCCAGGUUAGCCUAGAAUCCUACCUAGCAGCAGGUUUUUCUGUCCAAAAACGUUCAUUUAAUAGCAACUGGUUCAUAGAAGCACUGCACUGUGGGAAAAAAAAACAAGUUGUAUUCCGCUGCGUUCACAUAGGCUGUUUGUAAUAGGUGAAUGACCCUAUCUAGUAGCCUAUAUCCGUUGCUAAAUAGUCCUUGCUUUACUGUGUAGGGCGCUGUCCAUUGUGCUGAUAAAGCACAGAGGAGAUGGGUUACAGAUUUCGCAUCAACCUGUCACUUCAAAAGCGCUCAAUGGUCUCAGUGUCUCGGCAUUUUAACUUUGUUUAUUGUGGUAUAGCGGGAUAUAAGCAGAAUUCAAUAUAAUUAUUAGUUUUUUUUGUCUGGUGUACUGCUUAGUAGAACAUGUGACACUGUGGCAGAAACGAUACUUGGCAUUUUCAGGGUCGUUUAAUAAUUCCCAUUACCAUUCACUGUGAAAUCACAUUUAGGCUUGAUUCUCUGAAGCCUGACAUUUUGACAGAUCAAAGCACUGUAUCAAUCCCAUUAUUGCCAUGGUUUCCUGUGACUGACACCGCCUAUCAUGUGUGUCCCUGUCUCUCUCUGUCCCGCUUGUUUCCAGGGCGAUAAACGUGUUUGUCAGCGCGAACAGGCUCAUCCACCAAACCAACCUAAUACUCCAGACCUUCAAGACCGUGACAUAGACUGGGUUAACCACACUAACCCAGGCUUUUAACAGAGAAUAGGAAACCCUUUAUAAGAUUCUGUUUUUGUGACUAUCAUUUCUAAGUCUUUGCUUCAUGGGGGAUCAUGUAUUUAGAGUUGCAGGCAGCCAGACUAUAAUUGCCAGAGAGAUUUUUUUUUUUUUUCAUUGUAUUUGUUUCGCCACGAUCAUGCUACCGCCACAGAGUAUCUUAUGCCAAUGCACCUCUCUUUUUCUCCCUCUCUUCCCCACCCCCCCUCUCUUUCUUGCACUUUCUCUCACUCUCUCACUCUGUCCAUGUGAAAGCCAAAACACCGGGCCUUAAUGUGGCCAUGAAGGCAUUCCUAAAGCAAAGUGUAAAUACAAGGGGCUUCUGCUUUUCUCACGUUCUAACUUGGAACAAUGA